AUGCAAAGUCUGUUGCCUUUCGGUAGCGAUGGCUUCAACAAGUCCUGCGCCUUGGCGCUGGUCUGCGUGGUGGGCGCCGCGCUGGCGGCGGGGCUCACCAUGGGCCUGGUGUCCAUCGACCCCAUGGAGAUGGAGAUCAUCGUCAAGACCGAAGACAAGGACAUCUUGGAAGCCUCGGCCAAGGAGAAGCUGAAGAAGGACCAGGCCGCCGCGGAGAAGAUCUUGCCCUUGAUCCACGACCACCACCUGCUGCUGGUCACCCUGCUGCUUAUGAACUCCAUCGCCAAUGAGGCGUUGCCCUUAUUCCUCGACCAGAUUGUCCCGUCCUGGCUGGCGGUGGUGCUCUCGGUGUCCCUGGUCUUAAUGUUUGGGGAGAUCAUCCCCUCCGCGGUCUUCACGGGCAGCGAGCAGCUGAGCAUGGCCGCGCGCUUCUCGGGGCUGGUCAGCACCUUCAUGUUUCUCCUCACGCCCGUCUCGUGGCCCAUCGCCAAGGUGCUUGACCACGUGCUGGGUGCUGACCACAAGGGCCGCUACAACUUUGCCGAGCUGCGUGCGAUCGUGUCCAUGCACGCGGGUCUUCGUGCGGGCACCGGGGAGGAAGAUCAGGCGGUCUUCCGAUGUCACGACGACAAGGAGCUGGGCAUCAUCUGCACGCUGCAACCCCACGCCUUCAACUCCGAGAGCGUGGUGAUCUUUACGGAGACGGAGGACAUCCCGGCGCGGUCCACGAAGCUGAAGGUGGGGCAGACCUAUUACACGGUGCCCUGCGAGCCUUGGCACAUGGAUGAGGAGGAAGCAGGCACCGACCUUGCCUUCAAGCUCUAUAGCCACCGGGAGCGCAAGGACGAGCACCUGAUCACCUUCAAGCCAGGGGACCUCACCUCGGGCGUCUUCCGGCUACAGGAGAGGGACGAGAUCAAGAUCAUGCACGGCGUGAUGAACUUGACGCACAUGACGGCGCAGGAGGCGCUGGUGCCGCUGCGCAAGGCGCACAUGCUGGACGCCAACUCCAAGAUUUCGAACGAGAGCCUUCGGGAGCUGUCUCCCGCCUCGCGGGCUCGCGCGGGCUCGCGGGGUAGGAGAUCGACAGCUGCGGGCAUUCCAGGAUCCCGGUCUAUGCCGGGCCGCGGGGCUUCAAAGCUCAAGGUCCACCUGGGGCAGAUGAAGUUCUGA